AUGUCGGACUUGGACGACAUGGACGACAUGGACGACGGGCCUCCGCGUAUGGACCCCCGACUCAUGAACGCCAUCGCGUGGAAACUGGGCGAAGCCUACGACAGCUCCGCGGCCGCAGCCAACAACGCAGACGCGUCUCAUGUCGACAACGCAGACACGUCCCAUGUCGACAAGAAGCGGCGCCUGAGCGCCCCGGCCACACCGCAGAGCACGCCACCCGCUUCUCCCGCGCCCGCGCCCGCGCCCGCGCCCGGACCCGUUCGGAUGUCGUCGCGCACCGCGAGUGCCUCGCGGCCGUCCGCCCCUUCUGCUUCGCCACGCCGUUUAAGGCGGGGCCGAGGUGGCCUGGGGCGCACGCAGACUUCCAGCACCAUCGCGUAA